AUGGUUGUUAUCUGGGGCCUCGACCUCCGCGAUAUACAAUGGUACAAGUUUAAGUCAUCCUACAUGUUCGGCAAUACAGACUACCACCUACGACGUAGAAAAUUCGUCGUCUAUCAGCUUGCGAUGAUACUUUGCGUGGUGUCCGAGUCUGUCGGAACAGCGGCACUAUCAAACUAUGUAGAUCAACAAUCAGAUAUCGAACGCCUCCACUCCUCAGCUGCCGUUCACAACGACGAUUUCGUGGGCAUCGCUUCCUACAACAUAUUUGUAGGCAUCGCCGUUGCGACGAUCUUUGGUGCAGCAUUCUUCUUCGACCUCUUCUUUCCGACUCGUUACGAGCCCAUGAAUAUCCGCUGGGCAUGGCGAAUCUCUGCCGUAGUGGUAUCUGUUAUGGCUUUCGCCGACGCUAUUGCGUUUACCGUCAUCACCGCAACGGGCCAUGCCUGGGUCAGUGCGAACUCGGCGGAUGCGGAAGCUAUUGCACAGCAGCAUCUGGACCCACCCUUGAGGUAUCGCGAUAACGGAAAGGCGAUUGCCAGUGUGGUGCUGUUGUGGUUGGGAUUGGUCGCGACCAUUGCGAGUACUGUCAUCAUGUUUGCUUUCUACAAGCAUGUUGGUGCCUAUGGACCUCUGUCUCAUGGUGGGAGGUGGCGGCAAGAGGCAGCGAUCAAGCCAGAGGGUAUGACAGAACAGCAAGCACAGACUGAAGCUUGA